CGACUUCCUGCUUUUCCUUUUCCCUGUCCUCCUUCCCGUCUCCUCGGUUCUUCCUUGCUGCUGCGCCUCUGGACGCCGCCGCGGUGGAGGAGCGUCCGCGCUCAGCCCUGGCUCUCGGCGCGGAACAGUCUCCGAGCCUCGCGCUCCGGCAAACUCGUCGGAGGGAUCCGGGCCGGAUCCGGGAGGGAAGGGCCGGGUAGGGCUGUUUCCGAUGCACCCCACAGCUGCUUGCACCCGGGAAGGGGCUCAGCAGGGACUUUCGCGACUGCACAACUGGGGCAAAUGUGCUGGAGAAGGAGCCUCACGAUGGUUCGUGCUAAGAGCUGGACCCUGAAGAAGCACUUUCAAGGCAGUCCUGUUCAGAGUGACUUUGAGUUGAAGACUGCUGAGCUCCCACCCUUAAAAGAUGGAGAGGUCCUGCUUGAAGCUUUGUUUCUCUCUGUGGAUCCUUACAUGAGAGUGGCAGCCAAAAGAUUGAAGGAGGGUAAAAUAAUGAUGGGGCAUCAAGUGGCCAGAAUUGUGGAAAGUAAAAACUCAGCCUUACCAACAGGAACCAUCGUAGUGGCUCAUUCAGGCUGGACAACACACUCCAUUUCUGAUGGGAAAGAGCUGGAAAAACUGCCUACAGAGUGGCCAGAUACAGUGCCACUGUCUUUGGCCCUGGGGACAUUUGGCAUGCCAGGCCUAACUGCUUACUUUGGCAUAUUGGACAUCUGUGGCGUGAAAGGUGGAGAAACAGUGCUGGUUAAUGCAGCAGCAGGAGCAGUGGGCUCUGUUGUGGGGCAGAUAGCUAAGCUCAAGGGCUGCAGAGUUGUUGGAACAGCAGGGUCUGAUGCUAAGAUUGCAUAUCUUAAACAAAUUGGAUUUGAUGUUGCCUUUAACUACAAGACAGUAGAUUCUUUGGAAGAAGCUUUGAAAAAAGCAUCCCCUGAUGGUUAUGAUUGCUAUUUUGAUAAUGUAGGUGGAGAGUUCUCAAGUACCGUUAUACCCCAGAUGAAGGCAUUUGGAAGAAUCGCCAUAUGUGGGGCGAUCUCCGUGUAUAACAGCACUGGCCAACUUCCCCCAGGUCCGAACCCAGAAAGUAUCAUCUAUAAGCAACUCCGCAUGGAAGGGUUCAUCGUCACCAGAUGGCAGGGAGAAGUCCGUGAGAAGGCUCUGAAAGAUUUGAUGAAAUGGUUUUCAGAGGGCAAAAUCCAGUAUCACGAACACAUUAUCAAAGGAUUUGAAAACAUGCCAGCUGCAUUUAUGGGAAUGCUGAAAGGUGAUAAUUUGGGGAAAACAAUCGUGAAAGCAUGAAAAAAAUGACAUAUGAAUCAUCACAGCAUGAUUGGGAUGACUACUUACUUAAUUUUUCACUGUUUGGUAAAAAUGUAUACUGUCCAAAUAAUCUAAGAAAUAGUAACUAUAAUGAUCUACUAAAUAAAAUAAUUCAAGUGGUCUGUAA